AUGAUAACGGCACCCGAUAUUCACAAUUCCCUGUUGAAAACAUUUACAUGGGAAGAAUUAUCGAAGCAUAACACUCCCGAUGAUGCAUAUAUAGCAGUCAGAGGUAGUGUAUACGAUAUCACGAACUUCAUCAAUCGACAUCCCGGAGGGGAAGAUAUUCUCCUCAUGGUUGCUGGGAAAGAUGCAACUCAGAUUUUUGAGACCUAUCAUGAACUCGGGAAAGUAGAUCUCACUUUGAAGAAAUAUUACAUUGGAGCUCUGAUAAGCAAUGAAUUACCGGUUUUCCCUGACCAGAGCGACUUUCACAAAACUGUCAAGAAGCGCGUAGAAGACUAUUUCCGCAAGAACCAGCUUGAUCCAAAGAACACACCAUUCAUCUGGAUCCGUUAUGCCUGGAUAUACGGUUUAUUGAUUGGUUCAUACUAUUCUCAAUAUUAUAUUCCAUUCGUAAGCGAUCAUAUAUUACUCCAAGUGCUGUUGGCUAUUGCAUUAGGAUUCGCCGCUGCACAGGUGGGAUUGAAUCCGCUUCACGAUGCAUCACACUUUGCAGUUACUCACAAUCCGUGGGUAUGGAAAUUGCUUGGCGCAACUCACGACUUUUUAAAUGGGUCAUCAUUUCUCGUAUGGGAAUACCAGCAUUUUCUUGGACAUCAUGUAUAUACAAACAUAGCAGAUGCAGAUCCUGACAUUGUAACUGGGGAUCCUGAUAUUCGGAGAAUAAAACCAAGCCAACGUUGGUUCUCCCAUUAUAUGAAUCAGCAUCUUUUUGUCCCCUUAAUCUACGGAUUUCUUGCAUUCAAAGUACGCAUACAGGAUAUCUUUAUCUUGUAUGUGUAUAAAAGCAAUGAUAGAAUUAGAGUCAACCAAUUGACGUCUUGGCAUACAUUUGCGUUUUGGGGUGGGAAGGCAUUCUUCAUACUAUAUCGUGUAUUGGUGCCAAUGUUAUUCCAUUCAGCAUGGAAGGUCUUGGCUUUACUCGUUAUUGCUGACUUCACUGCGUCUUAUUGGUUAGCAUGUUCCUUCCAGGCGAAUCAUGUUGUCGAUGAAGUUGAAUGGCCUCUCCCAGAUGACUCUGGCCUAGUACAAACAGAUUGGGCAGAAAUGCAAGUAAUAACAACACAGGAUUACGCUCACGAUUCCGCUUUCUGGACAUCAAUUGUUGGAUCUCUCAAUUUCCAGGCUGUGCAUCAUCUGUUUCCGCAAAUUUCACAGCACCAUUAUCCUCUUAUUGCUCCUAUUGUGAAAGAGACCUGUGCGGAGUAUGGAAUUAGAUACUACUAUAAGGACACAUUCUGGGAAGCAUUUAGAUCUCAUGUCGAGCAUUUGCAUAAUAUGGGUCAGCCGCCAAACAAGUUGGAUUAG